GACGGGGGGCGGCACCGCCGACGGUGCUCGCGUGCAGCACGCCACGUUGGAAGCCUCGACUUGACGGGUCGUCGCAUCUCGCCAGAGAGAGAGAGAGAGCAGCCCCCGGUCUGCCGUUACGCCCGUGGAGAAGCUGCCCCGUUCACGAGCCAAGAUGAAAGUCAAGGAGCUGCUGAAGACUGUCAAUGUAGCAUGGUCCCCGCCAGCUCAGCAUCCCAUCAUGCUGGCCGCCGGCACGGCGGCGCAGCAGUUGGACGCCAGCUUCAGCACGUCCGCCAGUCUGGACCUGUACUCGCUGAAUCUGCAGCAGCCAGGAUACGAAAUGGAGCUUCAGACCAGCGUACCCAGCGAUCAUAGAUUUCACAAGAUCAUCUGGGAACCCUACGGGAAUAAUCCAGCGGGCAUUAUCGUCGGCGGCUGCGAGGACGGGACCAUAAAGAUCUAUUCUGCCGCAAAGUUAUUGGCCAGGGACAGCAAUUGCCUGAUAAACAGUCCUCACAGGCAUGCCGGUCCUGUUAGAGCGAUGGACUUUAAUCCCUUCCGAGAAGACAAUCAGCUGGCUACAGGUGCGACAGAGAGCGAGAUCUACAUCUGGGAUAUCAAUACAAACAUUUCGACCACCCUUUCUCGGAGCCAACAGUCGGAAGACGUUCAGCAUAUUGCCUGGAACAAGCAAGUACAUUUGAAGGACAUUCUCGCCUCCACAUUUUCACAAUGCUGCGUUAUAUGGAACGUGAAAGAAAAGAAGCCGAUAUUUAAGCUGACAGAUGCAAACACGAGGGUACGCUGGAAAGUUGCCCAGUGGCAUCCGGAUAUUGGAACGCAGUUGUGCUUGGCAUCUGAAGAUGAUCAAACACCCAUCAUUGAAUUGUGGGACGUGAGAGUUCCAACGUCGCCGUUGAAAACUCUGCAAGGCCAUCAGCGUGGUGUCCUUUCGAUCGCGUGGAAUCCGCAGGACGCUGACUUACUCUUGAGUUGCGCUAAGGAUAACAGAAUCUUGUGCUGGAAUCCCAAUUCAAACGCGCUGAAUGGUGAGGUGAUAUGCGAGUUGGCCCAAACAGCUCAGUGGAACUUCGAUGUGUCUUGGUGCCCGAGGAAUCCAGGAUUAAUUGUUGGCAGUAGUUUCGACGGUCAUGCUGUUGUCUACUCUUUAUUAGGCGGGCAAGAGACGUCCAACAAAAUAGCAGAUUCAUUCCCAGGAAUGGACCCUUUCACUCAAUCUACAGUACAAACAGGAACAACGGCAGUAUUGACGAAGGCUCCUAAAUGGUUAAAGAGGCCAUUUGGAGCAUCAUUUGGGUUUGGUGGCAAAUUAGUGAUCUUCGAGAAUCAGCCUGCUGAUCCAAACUUAGCAAAUAAGAAAGCGAAUAGAAAAGUUAUUAUAUCGCAAGUAAUUGUACAACCCAGUCUUAUUCAACGUUCCAACAAAUUGAAAGCAACACUGGAGACUGAGCAAUUCAGUGAGUUCUGUAAGGAAAAGGUAGAUAAGUCUCCAGACGAGCAUACCAAGAAAGUCUGGAGAUGUGUACGCGCUUACUUUGAUCAAAACGUGACGAAGAGUAUAUUGGAGUUGUUGGGUUACAACACCGAGACAAUGAAUAAUAAGCUGAAUCAGUUUGUGCCUCAGGAUGAUAUAAAUGAUAUUGUAGAGGGUGUCUCCAAUCUUAAUAACGUAUUAAAUGGUAAUGUUAUGGUCGGCAGUACUGCGUUUGACGCUGUUGCACAGGAGCAAAGUAAAAAAGUAUCGUCAAACAAGCCUGCAGAUAGUACUUACGUCAUAAAUACUUCUGACGAUGAGGAUGGUCUUAUUACUCAAGCCAUUCUCUUAGGAAAUAUCGAGGCCGCUGUAUCUUUGUGUUUUGCCAGCAAGAGGUACGCCGACGCUAUAAUUCUUUCGAUGGCCGCUGGUCCUGAUCUACUGGCGCGUACCCAAUACAAAUACUUUUUAGAGCACUCUAGUGCAUUAAAUUCUCUUAUCAAUUCACUAGUUAGUGAAAAUUGGGCAGAAGUUGUUAAGAACAGUGAUAUAAAGUGCUGGAAGGAAGCACUGGUUGGUAUAUUUACACAUUCCAAUGCGCAAGAACGAUCUGCCUUGUGCGAUAUGCUGGGUGAUCGCUUGGUGCUGUGUGAAAAUCCCCUUCUUAAAAAGCAAGCGCAAAUUUGUUACAUUUGCUCUGGCAAUUUGAAUAAAUUGAUCGAGGUGUCCGAGGCUGACAUUCAAGAAGUGGUAGAACUGAUCGUAAUAAUGCAGAAAGCUUUGGAACUCCAAGGCAUCAGGGAAGUUCAAAUAGAGGAUAAAAUUGCCAACGUGCUGUCUCAGUACGCCGAGAUGCUGGCGGCGGAAGGCGAUCUGGAAGCAGCCUUGAAUUAUCUUGGGAACACUCAGGACCAAAGAAUUUCGAUGCUGAGAGAUCGUUUGUGCAAAGCUUUGAGCUAUAUGCAGGAGCAGAGGCACGUUACGAAGCCUGCGGCUCAGAAUUACUACGAACAGACGCGAAGGGUAUCGCAAGGUCCGUGCAAUCCGCUGCAACAGCCGUUGCAGCAGCAAACGGCGCCUUCGGCGCAGACUUGGAACACAACUCCGCUAAAACAAACCUAUGGUGCUCCCACAAAUCAGUUCAACGCUCAGCCGUCUCAGCUGUAUGGAAUGCCCCCUCCUCCCCAGCCUCAGAUGCAAUCUACGAUUUACGAUCAAUAUUCUACGUCUCAUCCGUACAAUCAGAUCCCAGCUCAGCCGCUCCCUCCGCCUCCACCGACAUCCACUUCUAACUUGAGUAGCUCGAGACCAUCCAGCGUCGGACCGCAGUCGAGAACAAAAUAUUUGAUAGACCCGUCUGUGAAAUCCACCCAGUCAUACGGUCAGACAAGUUUUCCACCGUCGAACCCACUGUACAAUUCUCAGCAAGUCCCACCUGUCCCCGGCUACCCUCAGCAGAAUUCGUAUCAGCCUCAGGUUCCUAUGCCGGGCAACGUCUACCCCGGUCAACCGCCAAGCUUUAUGAAUAAUCCUAAAGAACCAGAACCGUACAAUCCGCUUCAGCCGAACAUAAUGUCGCCGUUGCAAAAUGUGCCACAGACCCAAAUGUACGACCCUAUCAGAUCGCAGCCUACUCCACAAACGCAGACGUACGGGAGCGAAAAUACGUAUCCAUUGCCGCCGCCGCCGCAAUCAUCUGGAUGGAACGAUCCGCCUAUUGGGAAAAGUUCCAGAGGACAGCCGGUACUAGCACUAUACAGCGAAAUGUCUGCGGAACAUUCUGGCACUAGGAAGUGGAAGGCAAAACAUUCGAAGGGUGUAGACGUUAAGUCGAAGACGGACUAUCAGCUACACAAUCCAAUAAUGCAUCCAUUGCAAACUAAUCAACCGGAACAGAGUCCAUUACCGCAGGACAAUUUCUAUCAGGAGUCUCCCGCACUUUAUAAUCCGCAAUUCAGGCAAGGCGUGCCGAAUACGGCACCACUUAACAAACCAGUUGAACCGUUACAGCCUGUAAUGCCCGCGAGGGUGGCGGAACCUGAGAAACCGAAAGCACCUAUACCCGAGCAACAUAUGCAUUUAAAAACAAUAUUAGAUGAAUUAAAAAAUCAGUGCUAUGAGAAUGCGAAGAAUCCGCAAAUCAAAAGGAAGAUAGAAGAUGUGUCAAAGAAAUUGGAAGUGCUAUACGAUUGCCUUAGAGAGAAUAAGUUGUCUCAGAAUACUCUACAAAGUUUACAUCAGAUAUCACAGAUGAUUCAAAAUGGCAAUUACACAGGUGGACUAGACUUACAUACGCAAUUAGUGUCAGGACCAGAUUUUAGUCAAAUAGCUUCCUUCAUGCCUGGAAUUAAAGUAUUACUUCUAAGUGCCCUUCAAUUGAGCGUUUACAUCAGAUAAAAUGCCCAAAAAUCUAACUUGUUUAUAUAUUCAUCGUGAAUUUUUAUAAUUCUAAACAGCCUUAACAAGAGGAUUAUUUGUUACAUUAACUUUGUAUAUUAAUCUCGAUAGUGAGUAAUCAAUAAUGUAGCAUGUAACUAUGUUCAUAAUCAAUUACGCAUUGAUUGUCAAUUAAAUUUUAUAAAUCCUGUUUUGAAAAUAAUAUUUUAUCGAUUAUCAUAAUUUUAUAUUAUUUUGUUAGUUAUUACGGCUAUUGUUAAAGAUGUAUACAUGUAAGAAAAUAAAACGUCCAUAGAAAAGA